UCGAACGAGCAUCCUUGCUGAGAACUUCACCUUCCCUCGAGUUAUACGCACCAGAAAUUGUUUGCACACUAUCUAUUUAGCCAUCUUAGAGCAUGAAUGUUGACAGGAACAGGACGACAGAAUGAUGAAGUGAUUCCUCCUUCUCACAUGCUAACUGUCAUCAUUUCUGCGGAGAGAAACAUGCAGCAGUGUUCACCGCCAGUAUUAGAGGAAGGAGAUGAAAUGGAGGGUGUUAAGGAGAAGCAUAGUCGACUUUCUCGGCCACACAGAAUCAGCGAGAAUUCAAAGGUAUGUCUGAAAUUGUUGAUGCACUCUUUCAUAUGCUUUAAAAAUAAUCACCAUUGCCAUUUUUUUUUUUAUCUCUCUUGCCAGGUGUAUCGAUGGGCUGACCAAGCCGUUUACCUCCUGCAGGGUUUAAAUGAGCAGAGAGAAUGUGGUCAGUUGUGUGACGUGGUCUUGGUGGCGAAUGGGCAGAGGGUUCAUGCCCACCGUGCCCUGCUGGCCGUCUCCAGCCCGUACUUCCAGGCCAUGUUCACGCUCGGUAUGAGAGAGGAGCGGCAAGAUGAGGUGGAGCUUGUAGGUGCCUCGUAUGUGGGGGUUAAGGCGGUCGUGGACUUCCUCUACAGUGGCGAGUUGCACCUGGAUGGUGGAAACAUUGACUAUGUGCUGGAGACGGCUCACCUGCUGCAGGUUUGGCAGGCUGUCGAUUUCUGUUGCCAGUACCUAGAGAAAGAGGUAAACGAGGACAACUAUCUCUACCUGCAGGAUCUGGCGAUGCUUUACAGCUUGGAGCGUCUGGACGCCUUUAUAGAUCGCUUCAUCCUGGAGCGAUUCACCACUCUGUCCUGCACACCUAAGUUCUUAAAAGAUGUGGGAUUAUCCAAACUUUGUUCCUACCUAGCCAGCGAAGAUGUGCAGCAUGAGAGUGAGCAGACCCUCCUCCAGGUGGCGCUCCAGUGGCUCAGCCAGAAGCCAGAGCGCUUGCCAUUUGCCCACCAGCUCCUGUGCCAUGUCCGCUUGGCCCUGAUUGCACCUGUGGAGCUGGCGGAGCAUGUCCUGCCCGCCGUACGCUCUUUAUUGCCCCCAGAUUCAGGCUGCCAAGCGCUGGUGGAGGAAGCACUAAGCUACCAUGCUCACGUCACUGCUCAGCCUGUGCUACAGACAGCGCAGUCAGCCCUGAGAGGAGGAGUGGAGCGCCUGCUACUGGUAGGAGGAGAGGUGUAUGAGCGUGGUGAAGAGCUGAGCACUGAUGUGAACUGGCUAGAUGAAGAAGCAGGAGUGUGGGUGGUAGAGACACAGCUACCUGCUCAGAGGAGCCACCACUGUGUAGCAGUGCUGGGAGGGUUCAUCUUUAUCGCUGGGGGGAGUUCGUCGCGGGAUAAUGGGGGAGACGCUGCAAGUAACAUACUCUACCGAUAUGACCCACGUAACAACACAUGGUCCAAGGGUGCCAGUAUGAACCAGCGUCGAGUGGAUUUCUAUCUCGGAACCAUGGGGGACUGUGUGAUCGCUGUUGGGGGACGCAAUGAAAGUGGUGCACUAUCCUCUGUUGAGGUCUAUCAUCCUGUGGAGGAUUACUGGACCUAUGUAGCAGGACUCCCAAGGUUAACGUAUGGCCAUGCAGGCACAACACACAAAGGUGUAGUGUACAUCUCAGGAGGCCAUGACUAUCAGAUCGGACCUUAUCGACGUGACAUGCUCAGUUAUGACCCCAGCGCCGGCGACGCAUGGAUAGAGCGGCAGGCUAUGACUCUGGCUCGAGGCUGGCACUGCAUGGCAUCGCUGCAUGACAGAAUCUACGUAAUUGGUGGCAGCGAUGACCACGAGGACAGCAUGGAGCGCUUUGAUGUGCUAGAAGUAGAAGCCUUUGACCCGCACACUGAGCAGUGGAGCAGGGUCGCCCCACUGUGUUACCCGAACAGCGAAGCAGCUGUUGCCAUAUGGGAUGGAAAGAUUUACGUGAUGGGAGGCUAUACCUGGGAGCACAUGGACUUCUCAGAAAACACUCAGGUGUUCAAUCCAGAGAAGGGUCAGUGGGUAAUGGGACCUAACCUGCCCAGGUACAUUGCUGGGGCUUCGGCGUGUGUGUGCACGGUCCGAGCUCGGCAGUCCUGCAGCACUGAGCAGAACAGGACAGGAGGGAAAGAGAAAGACAAGCAAAACACAAGUCAAGGACAAAACAGAUGACUGAAAGUGCAAAAAUAAUGGUUCAAUAAUGUGCCCUGAUGGGGCAGUUAUUCUUCCAACAUGCAGGUUACAGCACCGACGGUGCAGGCCCUUAUCAGAUACCAGUAUUUGUAGGCUGCUUAUGGAAGCAAGAAAUGGACUGAAUUACGCUGAUUAAGUUUGGAAUCUGCUGAUUGCUAAGGGGUGAUGUUAGAGGUGCUUCUUCAGUCAUGUAGUAUUCAGGGUGAUUCUGUGUCUAGGAAUAAUCUGAAGCGGUUUGCUCCAUGGCUUGUUUGUGUGAAAUGUUUGCAUUUCUCAAUAAUUAAAUGGACUAACAUGAGCCAUUAUUUUCAGUAUUAGAUGAAAACAUUCAAAAUGUGGCAUAUUGAUUAGAAAAGAUGUUUAUUCAUUCUCUCUAAGGCUCAGUUUAGCACAGUGGGGGUUACAGUCACAGUUUGGCACUAACACGCUUGAGUGAAAAUUUUGACGCAGUUUGUUGAGCAAAAAAUCUUGUUCUGAUCAGCAGCACUCAGUGAGACACAGUGAGCGUCUCGCGCAUACAGCAUUAACUACAUUUCACUUGAAAGGGUAAUAAGGAUGAGAUUCCAACCUGUGGGACAAAAAAAAGCAUACCAUUGUUAAGUUUACAUGUAUUGUUUUUUUUUUUUUUUUGGCUGCUCUGUUAAAACAGUUGUUUGAUUAGAA